ACUCGGACCCGGAAGUGCGCCGCCCACUUGAGCAGCUUAGCGCGCGCGGACCUGGACUCGUACACACGUCGAGUUGUGUUUGUUUGUUUGUUUGUUUGCUCGCUUGUCUUUUUUUAACUUUGUUAACAUGUCUGCCUGCGAGGAGGAGCUUAACGAGGAGAGGACGAAAAAGAAGGAGAAAAAGAGGACCAAGAAGAAGGAGAAACUUCACUUGGCGACGAAGGAGGAGGAUGACGGUGAGGAGCAGAAGCCGGAAGUGAAGAGCAGCGAGUGUGUGUUGCUGCACGGUAUUUUCAAGGUGGGCAAGAAAAGCCACGACGUCCUGCUCACCAGCACCACGCUGACUUGGACUCCCAUCACGCCCGAGAGCCCCACAGGUGAGGCGUGCCCGCCUCCCCCAGGUGUGCUGAUGCUGCGCGACGUCUUCGCAGUGAAGGUGAAGCGUCGGCGAGCGGCCGGCCAGCGCUGUGGCGGGCCUGUGCUGGGCGUGGCCUUGUUUUACUGCAAGCGGAGGGGGAGGAAGUUGGAGGAGGAAACGCUGCACCUUCACAACGCCUCCUCAGAACACACACACACCUGGUACAACACCUUGAGGGAGCUGCUGGCAGGCUUCAGCAAUCGUCCCAGGUGUGUGAAGGUGUUCAUCAACCCGAGCAGUCACAAGAAGGAGGCUGUCCACAUCUACAGAGAACAUGUGGCGCCGCUCUUCAAGAUGGCUGACGUACGCACGGACAUCACUGUGACAGACAGGCGGGGCCACGCCCUCUUUGUGAUGAAAGAGCUCCAGCUGGAUGAAUUUGACGGGGUGGUGUGCGUCGGCGGUGACGGCUACGUCGCAGAACUUUGCCACGCUCUGGUCCUGAGAGCCCAACUGGACGCCGGGUCUCCUGAGAGUCCAGUGAGAGCUCUUCUGCCUCUGGGGAUCAUCCCUGCAGGUUCCACAGACGUGGUGUCGUGUUCUGUUCACGGGGUGAGAGACCCGGCAACUGCAGCCAUGCACGUCGUCCUGGGUCACCUGCAGCCAGUGGACAUGUGCAGCUUCUUCUCGCUGGGACAGCUGCUGCGCUACGGCUUCUCCGCCAUGUUCGGCUUUGGUGGGCGGAGCCUGGCGCGGGCGGAGAAGAGGCGGUGGAUGCCGUCGUCGCGGCGACACGAGUACGCCCUGGUCAAGACCUUGGCCCGGCUCAGCAUGUUUGUGUUUUACAGAGCAGACCACUGUCAGCUGAAUUUUCUAGUGAGCAACGCAGACCACGACCUGCCUGGGCAACUAGGCCAAGACCCAGUCCAGGACCAGGGUAGGGACUCAGAGGGGGCGGAGUCCUGGACCACUAUUCAGGGUUCAUACCUGAGCAUCAGCAUCAUGGCCAUACCCUGUCUCAGUCCUCACACCCCGAGAGGACUGGCCCCUAACACUAGACUAGCCAAUGGGAACGCGGCGUUGAUUGCCGUGGGCGACACGUCCAGGUCGGAGUUCAUCAAACACCUCAAACGAUACAACACCUCCGGUGGACAGUUCAACUUCUCCUUCGUGGAGACGCACACCGUGUCAGCGGUCAAGCUCCGCCCCCGACCGCCCGAGGACGAGAGCGAGGAGGACUCGAAGACGACGCCCAUCAUCCAAUCAGACGCCACCUUUCCCUGGAACAUUGACGGGGAGCUGGUGGAGAUCGCCAAUGAAGUCGUCAUCAGGGUCCACCCUAGCCUCAUCACCUUGUACGGAGAGGACGUGGACGAGGCCGAGGCCAAUGUGUCCUGCAACUGCAUCUGAGGCCAGCAGAGGGUUUCCAUGGUGACAACACACUUUAUAAACCUCCUUCCAUGGCUUCCUUUUGACUUCUUUUUGCCUGUUUAGCACUUUAGCAAAUACAUUAACUGACUUUUAUUCUUCACUUUUUAUACGGGCUGUUAAAGUGCGUAAGAAGGCCUAUCAAACCCUGAGCUUCUGCUGGAAGAGAUGCACACAAUGUUUCUUUGUCAAACACACUGUACAUUCCAGACAAUAAGCCACUAUUUUUUUCCUACGCUUUGGACCCUGGGGUUAAUAAAACAGUCGAUUUGUCUUCGC